GUAACAUAGUUUCGGGUUAUAUUUAAUUUAAAUCAUCUUCAAUCGGGUUCUGUAUGGCUAAUCUUCAAAUAAAUCCUAUAUUGUAUUUCCCAUAAUUCCGUGAUCUGGAGCUUCUGUGAUUCUUCCACGAGGAAGUUUAGGCGUCAGGUGUUGUGGGCGUGUCCGUGUCGACAGUAUAAACACUAAAAGUGAACACUUCUGGUGGACAACGACCAUAAAACCACCUGACAGCAACCAUGGCAACAGCAACCCCUCUGUCCAAGGCCAACACCAGCUUCUCUCUGGAUUUGUUGAAAACGCUGGGCGAUACUGACAAGACUGCAAACAUCUUCUACUCUCCGUUCAGCAUCUCGUCAGCCCUGGCGAUGGUGAUGCUGGGAGCCAGAGGAAACACGGCUGCACAGAUGUCAGAGGUCCUCUGCUUCACUGAGGCCGAGCAGUCUCAGCCUGCAGGAGGACUGCAGAUGCAGAUGCAGCAGCAGGCCCAGUUCAAACUGCCAGAAAUGCUGAAGAGCCUGAAAACAGGUGACUGUAAGGAUGAUCUGCACACCAGCUUCGCCCAGCUGCUGAGCCAGCUCAACAAGUCUGGUGCUCCGUAUGUCCUGAGUGUCGCCAACAGGCUGUACGGAGAGCAGUCCUACCAGUUUGUGGAGGAUUUCCUAGGAAAGACCAGGAAACACUACAAGGCAGAGCUGGAGUGUAUGGACUUCACAAAGAGCUAUGACGCUGCCAGGCUGAAAAUCAACAGCUGGGUGGAGAAACAGACACACGGUAAAAUUAAGGACGUGCUGGCCCCCGGUGUGGUGGACGGCAUGACCAGGCUGGUUCUGGUCAACGCCAUCUACUUCAAAGGCAACUGGGACAAGCAGUUCAAGGAGAGCAGCACACGAGAUGCUCAGUUCAGACUCAGCAAGAGCAACCAAAAGCCAGUCAAGAUGAUGCACCAGAAAUCCAAGUUUCCAUUCGCCUGGAUCCGAAAAGCCAACUGCCAGAUCCUGGAGAUGCCUUAUCAAGAGAAGGAGCUGAGCAUGCUCAUCUUUUUACCCAACGAUAUAGAGGACGACACCACAGGUCUGGAGAAGCUGGAGAAAGAGCUGACUUAUGAGAACUUUGUGGAGUGGACGAAUCCUGACAGGAUGAAGGAGAUUGAGGUCCAGGUUGGCCUGCCUCGGUUCAAGAUGGAGGAGAAAUAUGACAUGAAGAACGUCCUGGUCAGUAUGGGCAUGGUGGACGCUUUCGACAUGUCAAAGAGUGACUUCUCCGGCAUGUCUCCUGCCAACGACCUGGUGCUCUCAGAAGUCUUCCAUAAAGCUUUCGUGGAGGUCAACGAGGAGGGAACGGAGGCUGCUGCCGCCACCGCUGCCGUCAUGAUGCUGCGCUGUGCCCCACGUACAGCCUCCUUCGUCGCAGACCACCCCUUCCUCUUCUUCAUCCGACACAACCCCUCCAACAGCGUUCUCUUUGCUGGUCGAUACUGCUGCCCUGAGUGAACUUGGUGUGUUCCUCUACUAGAGGGAGAGGGAGACCAAACAACUAAAACAUUUUAUUUGAGACUAAUUGCUCUCUAUGACCGUUUGUGCCUAAAGUUCUGUCCUUUUUAAAAAUGUCAUAUUCUGCCUUGUCCAACAAUGAAGUGAACUAUGGAUGUAGUUUUUCAUGUCUGUAAUCUUUGGGACAGUCUAAUGCUCUUUGAGAGUUUAUCCAGUCUAUUUUGUAGUAUUUUAGGCCAAUUAAAUCGAGCACACCUAACGAGAUCACCAUCAUCUUGUCCUUGAAAUCUAAACUAUUAUGUUACUGAUAUUUUGAAACAAAUGUUUUAUCUGGGAAACAUCUAAAACGUACCAGGAGGUUGGUCUUGAGGUCCUGGAUUUAAGAACACUGUCUUGUGUUUCUGUCAACUGGCAGAGCAGACUUUUACUGUGUUGUAAUAUUCUUUGUACUGUAUGUAGACAAUCACACCUCUUCCCACAUUUGAUGAAAUCACUCUGACAGAUUCAUAUGUCUUUGAUAAUCAUGUCAAGUGCUGUUAUCUGUGUUGUGUAUAUCAGUGGUUCCCAAACUGUGUGCCGCGGCACACUGGUGUGCCUUGAGGCAAGUCCAAGUGUGCCGUGGGAUUUUGUGACAACCAUAGCCUACUGCAAUAUAGUAUACAACUAGACAAAAAUAAUUAUUUUAAUUUACUAUAUACUACUUUGAAUGCACUCAUUCCAUAAUACAGUGGCAAACUCUUUAUCUAAAAACUA